UUAAGCAUUAAUCGCGACAGCGGCGCUACGCGGAAUGCUACAUCGUUCAGUGAUAAUCGAUAAUCGUACCACUCCGCUAGCGCGCAUGAUGGAUCAUACUGGAAAAUUCGAUUAUCGGCUCCAUUUUUUGGAAGACGCGGUGACACGGCGAUUCAAUACGGAACUACGAGUGUUCGACAAAGACUGUAAAACGGGCGCGAACGAGGAAGUGGAGCCCGUUUCGGGAACCGGUGAGAUUCAAACACGAAACCUGGGUCAAGGGUCGAGAAAAACCGAACCUCUGAAUGAUGUGAGAGGAAUAUAUGGACGGACACCAAACAGACUGGGCAGAUUCGGCGAAAUCACGAACACGUGGCGGGACGUAAAGCGGGCGUUAAGCCUGCUGUGCGUAAAGAAAUUUUCCGGCAGCGCGACAAUGCUGGAGGCGCCGCCCGGAAGUCGAGAAGACCUCGUAGAGGCAGCAAGAACUCCUUGUACACCCACCGAUCUGGACACGAUGCUGUACGGAUACACGAACAGCAUAUACGUGCUGGACCACACGCCUGAAUCCUUGCCGGACAUGGACAUGCUGCAGCUGUUCGCAUCUCCGGCAGGUCGAGCGUUACUCACGAGCGACAAUCGGGCGAGGGGAUCAACGUCGACCUCCUCCUUGUCUCGAGAGUCCUCGUCGAGGUUGAAGAGUAGCAGGAGACCAUCGGGCACUGGCACAGUCAGUGCACCCACGUCACCGCCAAGACGGCGGAAGUCGAGCGCCGAACUUUACAAGGAAGCUGUCGAGAUCCUUGGCCUCACUUGCUCAUUGACCGAUAGCUGCCGGUGCAUCGAUUGCCAGAGCAACUACUUUGAUUGCGAUGACGAUUGCGCUGACGCCGGUACAGAACUGGCUGCAGGCACUCCUAUUCUAUUGGACCACGCUCUAUCGCAUCAUCUGACUGUGUGUUCCAUACAGUAGCAAACGACCGGUAGACGAAGAUUUCGAAAAAAUCGGUCCCUUGUUAGCCCGCUCUGCCAUACGUUCCAGAAGAAGAUGAUGACGUCGACUUGUCAAUAUCUUCUGAUAAUUGCAACAUUCGCGUUAAAAGCAAAAAUUAGCGAGACUGAAAUCAGCGCGGCAACGAUAAUACAAUAGAGAUCGAAUACCGGAUAACAGGAAAAUUGAGUCGUUGUUUUGCAUUCCGCGAGUCUCCACUGAGUUUAUGCAAAUAUUAUAUGUAUUUUCUCUUGCCAAGUAAUUUAUCUAACUCUUAUAAGAUUAUUUGCUCAACCGUUUUAUCGGAUAAAUGCGUCAGGCUUCACACAUAAUAUAUGAAUUAUUAUCUAGAUAUUAUCCGAACACAUUUGUCUCAUGAUAAUACAGUAUGAAUAUCGAUAAAUUUAUGAUAUCAUUAACGCGAAGUAAGUUUUUGUAAAUUAUUUGUUCUGUAUUAUAGUAGUGGCGCAACGACUCGCACGUUUGUAUUGUCAAAAAUUGCGUUCAGAAACGAUGAUAAAGUAUGGCUCAAAAAUCGGACGAAUUUAAAUUAUGUCAAACCAGCGCCAAAAAAUUUACAAUAGGAUAUCCUAAUUAAUAAUUAGCCUGCGCACCGCAUUCGUACCCCGUUCGGUCAUCCAUCAUCGGAUAAAUGUAUCGGUAUUAUCUAAUCGGAUUGCCGAUAAGCGCGGUGUAUAUGAAAUCUAUAUACAUACAUAUGUCUUGUGUGUGUAUAUAGAUACAUACAU